CGCGGCGGGGCUCGGGCGCUCCCGCUCCCCUUUGUUCGCCGCUCCGAUGGCGGCCGGGCCGGGCGGCGGCCCCGGCGCGCCCAGCGAGGCGGAGGCGGUGCAGCUCUGCCGCAGCCUGGAGGUGGGCACCGUCAUGACCCUCUUCUACUCCAAAAAGUCGCAGCGACCCGAGCGGAAAACUUUCCAGGUGAAGCUGGAGACGCGGCAGGUCACCUGGAGCCGCGGCUCCGAGAAGGUCGAGGGGGCCGUGGAUAUUCGUGAAAUCAAAGAGAUUCGUCCAGGAAAAAACUCGCGUGACUUUGACCGGUACCAGGAGGAUCCGUGUUUCCGACCAGACCAGUCUCACUGCUUCGUGGUCCUCUAUGGCACAGAAUUCCGGCUGAAGACCCUCAGCCUCCAAGCUACUUCUGAGGAUGAGGUCAAUAUGUGGAUCAAGGGGCUGAACUGGCUGGUGGCAGACACUCUGAGGGCACCCACCCCCCUGCAGAUUGAAAGGUGGCUCCGGAAGCAGUUCUACUCGCUGGAUCGCAACCGGGAAGACAGGAUCUCUGCCAAGGAUCUGAAGAACAUGCUGUCUCAGGUCAACUACCGGGUGCCCAACAUGAGGUUCCUGCGGGAGAGACUCACGGAUGUGGAGCAAAGGAAUGGGGACAUCACAUAUGGGCAGUUUGCACAGCUCUACCGCAGCCUGAUGUUCAGCGCCCAGAAAACGAUGGAUGUCCCAUUCCUGGAAAGGGGUGGAGAAAGGUCUGAGCACUUCAGGGUGUCACUGCUGGAGCUGCAGAAGUUCUUACUGGAGUACCAGAGGGAGCUCUGGGCUGCAGAUACCCUUCAGGUACAGGAAUUCAUGUUCAACUUUCUGAGAGACCCUUUGAGGGAGAUUGAUGAGCCUUAUUUCACCCUGGACGAAUUUCUCACCUUCCUGUUUUCCAAAGAGAACAGCAUCUGGAACUCACAACUGGACAUGGUGUGUCUGGAGAACAUGAACAACCCCCUCUCCCAUUACUGGAUCUCCUCCUCACACAACACGUACCUGACGGGGGAUCAGUUCUCGAGCGAGUCCUCGCUGGAGGCGUACGCGCGCUGCCUGCGCAUGGGCUGCCGCUGCAUCGAGCUGGAUUGCUGGGACGGUCCCGAUGGCAUGCCCGUCAUCUACCACGGACACACCUUAACCACCAAGAUCAAGUUCUCCGACGUCUUGGUCACUAUCAAGGAGCAUGCCUUUGUCACCUCUGAUUUCCCUGUCAUUCUGUCCAUCGAGGACCACUGCAGCAUUGCUCAGCAGAGGAACAUGGCUCAGAAUUUCAAGAAAGUCUUUGGGGACAUGCUCUUGACCAAACCAGUCGAUAUUUCUGCUGAUGGCCUUCCCUCUCCAAACCAGCUCAAGAGGAAGAUUCUCAUCAAGCACAAGAAGCUGGCAGAGGGCAGUGCUUAUGAGGAGCUGCCCACGUCCGUGAUGUAUUCAGAGAAUGACAUCAGCAACUCCAUCAAGAACGGGAUCCUCUACCUGGAAGACCCCAUAAAUCACGAGUGGAACCCUCAUUACUUUGUGCUGACCAGCAGCAAGAUCUAUUACUCUGGGGAGACAACCAGUGACCAAGGAAACGAGGAUGAGGAAGAGCAGAAGGAGGUGAGCAACAGCACCGAGCUUCACUCCACAGAGAAGUGGUUCCACGGGAAGCUGGGAGCAGGCCGUGACGGGCGGCACAUCGCGGAGCGGCUGCUCACCGAGUACUGCAUCGAGACGGGGGCCCCCGACGGCUCCUUCCUCGUCAGGGAGAGCGAGACCUUUGUUGGGGACUAUACCCUCUCCUUCUGGCGCAACGGGAAGGUGCAGCACUGCCGGAUCCACUCGCGGCAGGAUGCCGGCAGCCCCAAGUUCUUCCUGACGGACAACCUGGUGUUCGACAGCCUCUACGACCUCAUCACCCACUACCAGGGGGUGCCACUGAGGUGCAACGAGUUUGAGAUGAGGCUGACAGAGCCGGUGCCACAGACCAAUGCCCAUGAGAGCAAAGAGUGGUACCACGCCAACCUCACCCGGGCCCAGGCCGAGCACAUGCUGAUGCGGGUGCCCCGCGACGGAGCCUUCCUGGUGCGCAAGAGGAGCGAGCCCAGCUCCUAUGCCAUCUCCUUCAGGGCAGAAGGGAAGAUCAAGCACUGCCGGGUGCAGCAGGAGGGCCAGACUGUGCUGCUGGGCAACUCUGAGUUCGAGAGCCUGGUGGACUUGAUCAGCUACUACGAGAAGCACCCGCUGUACCGCAAGAUGAAGCUGCGGUACCCCAUCAACGAGGAGACGCUGGAGAAGAUCGGCACCGCGGAGCCGGACUACGGAGCCCUGUAUGAGGGACGCCACCCCGGGUUCUAUGUGGAAGCCAACCCCAUGCCCACCUUCAAGUGUGCAGUCAAAGCCCUGUUCGACUACAAGGCCCAGCGGGAGGACGAGCUCACCUUCACCAAAAAUGCCAUCAUCCAGAAUGUGGAGAAACAGGAAGGAGGCUGGUGGAGAGGAGAUUAUGGUGGCAAGAAGCAGCUGUGGUUCCCUUCCAACUAUGUGGAGGAAAUCACCAGUCCCAGUAGCCUGGAGCCAGAGCGGGAGCAGCAGCUGGAUGAGAACAGCCCCCUGGGAGACCUGCUCGGAGGUGUCCUGGACGUGCCUUCGUGCCAGAUCGCCAUCCGCCCCGAGGGGAAGAACAACCGGCUCUUCGUGUUCUCCAUCAGCAUGUCCUCGGUGUCGCGCCUGUCCCUCGACGUGGCGGCCGACACGCACGAGGACCUGCUGGACUGGGUGAAGAAGAUCCGGGAGGCAGCUCAGACAGCUGAUGCACGGCUCUCCGAAGGGAAGAUGAUGGAGAGGAGGAAGAAAAUUGCCCUGGAGCUUUCUGAGCUGGUGGUCUACUGCCGACCUGUGCCCUUCGAUGAAGAGAAGAUCGGCACAGAGAGGGCCUGUUACCGAGAUAUGUCCUCCUUCCCCGAGACCAAGGCGGAAAAGUACGUCAACAAGAUCAAAGGCAAGAAGUUCCUGCAGUACAACCGCCUGCAGCUCUCCCGCAUCUACCCCAAGGGCCAGCGCCUCGACUCCUCCAACUACGACCCCCUGCCCAUGUGGAUCUGUGGCAGCCAGCUGGUAGCACUCAACUUCCAGACCCCAGACAAGCCCAUGCAGAUGAAUCAGGCCUUGUUCAUGUCCAGUGGCCAGUGUGGGUACGUCCUGCAGCCAACCAACAUGCGAGAUGACAUCUUUGACCCCUUCGACAAGGGCACGCUGCGAGGCAUCGAGCCGCUCUCCAUCUCCAUUGAGGUCCUGGGGGCUCGGCACCUUCCCAAAAAUGGAAGAGGAAUCGUUUGUCCUUUUGUGGAGGUGGAGGUGUCCGGUGCCGAGUAUGACAAUGCCAAGCAGAAAACCGAGAUCGUGGCGGACAACGGCCUGAACCCCCUCUGGACCCCGAAGCAGUUCCACUUCCAGGUCAGCAACCCUGACUUUGCCUUCCUCCGCUUUGUGGUGUACGAGGAGGACAUGUUCAGCGAUGAGAACUUCCUGGCUCAGGCCACCUUCCUGGUGAAAGGCUUGAAGACAGGUUUCCGAGCUGUUCCCCUGAAGAACAACUACAGUGAGAAUUUGGAGCUGGCUUCCCUGCUGGUCAAGAUAGACAUUUUCCCUAGCAAGCAGGAGAAUGGUGAAAUAAACCUCUUCAGUGCUUCAGCCCUACGGGAACGAGCAGGGGAUGCCUCCAGUCAGCUGCUGUCAAGCAGAGGCAGAGAGGGGUCCUUUGAGUCGCGGUACCAGCAGCCUUUUGAGGAUUUCCGGGUGUCACAGGAGCAGCUCGCUGACCACUUCGAGAGCCGGGAGCGAAGGGUACUGCGGAGGACCCGGGUCAACGGGGACAACCGGCUGUAGCCCAUCCCGGCGGGCGAAAGCACCUCCAGUGCUUGUGAAUCUCACAGCACGCUGUGAACUGGUUUCUAUGGAAACGGCACUGCUAUGGCCUACUUUCAGGCAGCUUUUCCAGUUUCUCUGCUGAAGUGUGUUCAAGUGGAGAACUAAAAAAAAAAAAAAUAAUAUUGGAAAAAAAAAACCCCACUCCAAAACCAACCCCAAACCACCCUCCAACCUUCACCACCAAGCCCUUAAUGAAGCGUGUCGGUGCAGACAGGCUGCCAGCCGCUGAGGUGAGAGACCAAACUGCCUAUAAUCACAAGGAGAGACCCAAAAAACCCCCAUCCAGCCCUCUGUGUCGCUGCUCUGCCUGUAUUCCAGAGAUCCUGUGCAGCUGCCAGAGGCUCUGUGCAGCCAUCCUUUGCUGUACUGUUCCCAGCACUCUGGGCAGGGGGGGACUUUGGAGACCAAGGCAGCACUAGCUGUGUCCUGGCAUCGGAUCUACUACCUGUAUAGCCUCUGCCUAAGGGUCCAGUAGUGAAACUCUGUGUUUACGGGGCCGCUCUAGCUUUAAACGACAAUAAAAGUGUCAGUAUUAUGUGUGUGCUGGCUCAGGUGUCUGGUGGGCUGUGCCCUGCACAGGGGUGCAGCCAUUCCUGAGGGGAGCUUGCACUGUUCUCUCCUUCCUCCUGGAUUUAGGGGGUUUGCAGCUGCUGAGGGGAAAAAUAAUAAGCAGCAGCAUCAGGUUUAAUGUUUUCAUUCAAAAGGAUAAAACGAGGUUAUGUGCUACCACUGGCCAUGCAGUUCUGAGCCAGCCUGGGGACAAGCACCCCAGGAUGAAGAAGAGCUCCCAGGACAGAGGUGUCUGAGCUCAGCAUGUGGCUGGGUCACUCACUCAUGGCCUUACCCCAUCGUGCUCUUAAAACAAAUGGGAAGGUUGUGAUGAAGCAUUCCCAGCCCUCUCCACGUGGGGCAGCUCCUGCUGUGAUGCCCUGGGCUUAAGGGCAUCACCACGGGCCUCCCCAGACCCCAGUGCAAGCACCAGUCAACUCACGCUUGUCUUUUACGCUCUUUAUUUAGGAACAACCAAAAAUGUCUGGUUUCAUUUCAACAAACUGUACAAGCAAGCUCUUCCCCUCGCCCACCCUCACAUCCACAUAUACAAAAGGAAGGGAAACUUGCCAUUCACUUCUCAGAAGUGGCAUUGUUGCUACAGGGAGUUCUUGCCCUCAGAAUAAGAGCAGGUAAAGUCCAUAGCAGGUACAAGCUACCCUAGCCCUAAUAAUAGCUACAGCCCACAAUCACAGGCAGCUUCACUUUUUUUUUUUUCCCUCUUUAAAACCUUUAGCAAAAGUAAAAACUAUUUCCUGUUUCACACGAUUGCCAAAGUGGCCAUUUAAAAUUGUGGUCUUGAAAAAAAACACAGUAACAACCCUACUGGAACCCCCCACACCUCCCCAGUACAAAGACAGUUUACACAGCAGAGCACUCGCUCUGCUCCCUCACUGCAAGGACACCCUUAUGAAAGGUCCCAUUGCAGCUACAAUUACAUUUUCCUUUGGAUAAAUCCAAGCAAAAAUUCCAGGUCAUUCAGCACCAGCAUGAUUUCUAAAUAACAAUAAUUAAAAAAAAAAAAAAAAAAAAAAAAGAGACCCCAUUAGGCUGACUUUGUGGUCUGCUGAGAAACAAAGUGAUCAACACGCUGUUCCCAAAGUCUCUCUUUUAGUGCAAUGUUAGUAUGUGCAAGGGGAAUCACAGCCACGUACCCAUAACACCACCACGAGCCAGAUGGGGCAGAGAGAAAGUGCAAUUUUAGCUAGAAGUUUUCUAUGCCAUGGAUUCCUAGCCCAACCCUCACUAGCACCAGUAAGCAAGAGUCCUCCUAACACUGCCCUCCAUCAGUGCAGGUAAAAAGGGGCCUUAAUUGUGCCAUAAAAAUAUGGCCAAUGUCAGCAAACAGAGCACUUGGGCAAUAACCAGAAAAUUCAAAAUUAAAAAAAAAAAAGAAAAUUCACUGCUUAGGUAACAGAGCUCCCUUGGUCUGCCCUAAAGUUUGUGAUGCCAAUCCAGCACUCCUGGCAGGACCACUGCCAGUAAAACACAGAGCAGAAACUAACCCUCCCAAUUUAAAAAAAAAAAAAAGGGAGAGCCUGCAAGUGCCUCAUCCCUCUCCAUGUGAAGUGUUGCCUAAUCUUCCCUGCUGUUUUGGGGAUCAGCUGGGUCUUGACACCAGUGGUUGCAGGUGAGCUGAAUCACAUCAGGCCCCUGAUCAAUUUGAAAAGAGCAAAGCCAAAGUUAUCAGGGUAACUGGAGACAGAAGUUUACAAAUAUUUGAAAUACUGUCAACACUGUAAUUUGUGCCUAAGUGCUGAAAAUCAUCUCUCUCUUCUGAUUCCCAGUGAUCCAGCUUCCAGUCAGGUUGUCUCUGUUACAUCUCUAAGAGAGAGGGGCUGCAGGGAAGACACAAUACAACACUCCUCCAUGUGAUCAAACUGUUGCUUUUCAAUUUAAAAAAAAAAAACAACAAAAAAAACAAAAACAAAAACCACGAAAUCCUAAAUGUAAAACCUGCCUUCUACAGUUUCCUUCUUUUCCUGAACAGUCAAGGGACAAAUAGCAAAAAUUAACCAAGCAGGUAUCUUGCAGCUCCAGCCAGGUAAAGGGUUUCAGCUGUAGCAGCUGCUGCUUUUGCUCGUUGCUUCUCAUGGUGACCAACACAAAUCCCUGGCAGGGAGGGGACAUGAAGCCACACAAAAUACCUCCAAUCAGCUGUGCCCAUCCUCCCACCAGAUGCAGGCCUGGUGUCCAUCAGCGCUCACCUCUCAGGCAAGUGGAAAUAGGAACCUGUAGAUUAUGGUUGGUUUAGUGUCCUGCUUUAAAAAAAAAAUAAAAAAAAAAUAAUGAUUUCCAGGAUGCUAAUUAUGGACCUGAAAAAUAAGGUACCCAAAUGAAACACGGAGCCAUGUCUAAGGCUGGCACAAAUCAGGGUUUCGGGUUAUUAAGCAAUUGGAUUGUGCCCUUAAUCUAAGCAGUCUCAGAGACAUAAGUAACAAGAUUCACAUGGAUUAAAAAUAAUGGUUACUGCUGUGCCUGCCAAGCCCGAGCUCAGACAGAGCCGAUGGAGGUGGAGAAUAUAAUUUCCCUUCCUUACUGAUGCUGGCUACAUCACCUCGGUCUUACACCCCUCCUUUCAAGUCAAGAUAGUCAUCUUUGAUUAGAUGAUGAUAAAUAUUCACACACUGUGUAGAACUGUGGUGACACUUCCUCUUAACACCACAAGAGCUGCUGCUGGGACUGUCAAGCCACCUCUCAAUUUUUCCUUUCAGUUUUGGAUGCAAACACAUUUCCAAUGUCCUGCACCAAAACCCGAGUCUGUCUGGAGAUGGCACCUGCUUCUCCUUCUCAACAGAGAAACAGGGGACCACAGAGCUAAACCCUCAGAAAUCUUCAGCUUAUACUUUUAUGGAGAUUUCAAGUCAACAAAAAAAUGCAGAUAACAAGGAAUGUAGGAGUAGAAAGGGAACUCGAUCACUUUUUGACUUUUUUUUGUCUCUAAAUCUCACCCUCCCCACGCAGUGGCAUUUGCCAGCCCCGUCGCCACGUCCGAGGGGAGUCUGCAUGGAACCACUUUUUAAAAUUCCUUUGACCCAAAAGAAAGAAAACUCCUGCUGUGCUUGUAUGAAUGCAUGGAGACAAAGCUCAAAAACCUCAGCAGCUUCCAACCCUCAAGGCUGUUUUUUCUGUGUACACCGGGAAAUUCUCCCUCUAGCUCACAAGAUUUCUUUUCAAUUUUUCUGGAAAACUGGCUGAAUAUAAUCCAAGUGCAAAAUAUUUCAGCUAGUGCAUGGAAACAUGGUUUGAAGGGACCAGUUCAUACCAUAGUCCUUAAGCAUUUCUGUAGAUGGAGUGGGGAAUCACUCUUCCAAUUAGCCAUAGGCCUUUAAGUGUACACCAAAAAUCCCACAGAAAAUCACCUUGAAUGGGCAAACUACACUUCCAACAUAUUUAUAUAGCAAGUAGUUAGUAAAAGUGUACAUUUUUAAUGUACAUCUUAAUGCAAUAAAGAAUCAAUGGCAUAUCUGAACUGUAUAUAUGUGUACUUAAAUAAACCUGCAUGUACAUAGACACUA